CCGAUGACGGCGUGCAUACACGCCGGGGGUGGGGCGAUGAGGGCGACAAGGGAUCCCCGAUGGUGGAGAAUGCUCCUCUCCCGGCGUGAACGAGCGAACGAGCGUGCGAUUCUAUCCAGAAACUCGGGGAGAAUGGGAAGGGAAGAUCCUUCUGGGUGUCUUCAUAUAAAUGCCGGCGUUCGCGGCACGGGAUCACAGAUUCGAUCUCGUUCAUAAUCGACAGCCGCAUACGAACUGCCGACAAUCGUCAUCAUGCAGUAUCUAAUCUUGGCUUUUGCAAUCUUUAGCUGCGUCUACGGACAAUUCGGAUCGUACCAGGGCUUUCCAGGCCAAAAUGCGUACAGAACAACACCGAGGCCUUAUCAGCCACAACCGAGACCAUAUCAGCCACAACCGAGACCAUAUCAACCACAACCGCAGCCGCAACAGCAAUACUCACCUGUCUCAAGACCGUUCAUAGGUAUUCGCAGCCAGCAGAAGGACUCAUCACCGGACGGAUCUUAUAGCUACAGUUAUGAAACGGAGAACGGAAUUUCAGUUGUUGAAAGCGGACGUCCUCAAAUCGGACCUCAGGGUCAAACGGAGGUGGUCCAAGGCAGAUACUCGUACCCCGCGCCCGACGGCACCCCAAUCACUAUCGAAUACACGGCUGACGAGAACGGUUUCCGCGCGACGGGCGCGCACAUCCCCACGCCGCCCCCAAUUCCGGAAGCUAUCAGAAGAGCGCUCGAGGCAAAUCCACCUGGACCCGAUGACGAGAAGUACGACCGACAACCGUACCAGCAGAGAUUCGGCGGGCAGACGUACAAUCCCAACCCGUACCGAAGAUAUUAGCUACGCCGCACACACCCCGACGACCUUCGAACCGCAAGAUCCUCUCACGACGCGACCAGCAUAGCCAGACGAAUCUAUUCUAAAGGGAGGCUCGAUUAGAUAUCGACAGCUCUGGAUCACCUCCCCCUUUAGCCUCUAAUCCGAAGUGAUACGUGUACAUAGGACAGCAGUAUCGAUCCUUACAGCAAUAUAACAGUCGUUACGCAAUACAUCAGUAUAUAUUGUUU